AUAGUAAAUUUUGAGGAUUUGGGUCUCUGUUUUUCCUGAUGGAUACUGUUUCUACCCAGUAUCCGUAUGGAAUUACUGCACAUUUAAAUGGAAAAUUUGGUCAAAAGUUGGAUAUUUCAAGCUUCAAUUUUCAUUAUAAAGUGGGAUUUUCAAGAAAUAACUUGUACCAAACUUCUGCUUCAAUCACCAAUUCCAAGGGAUUUGUUAGUCGGAUAUGUUCUGUACCUGACCUUGAUGAUAUCUUCUGGGAGAAAGUUCCUACGCCCAUACUUGAUGUUGUUGAAAACCCUAUCCACUUAAAGAAUUUGACCCUUAAGGAACUGAAAGAACUGGCUGAUGAAAUAAGGGCAGAAUUGACAUCUAUAAUGUCAAGCACUCAAAAAUCUUUGAAGGCAAGUUUAGCUGUGGUGGAACUGACGGUUGCUAUUCAUUAUAUUUUCCAUGCUCCAGUGGACAAGAUACUAUGGGAUGUUGGAGAACAGACAUAUGCGCAUAAAAUUCUCACAGGAAGGCGGUCCCUUAUGCACACGCUAAGGCAAAAGAAUGGUCUUUCAGGCUUUACAUCUCGAUCUGAGAGUGAAUAUGAUCCAUUUGGGGCAGGGCAUGGAUGCAAUAGUAUAUCUGCUGGGCUUGGGAUGGCAGUUGCACGUGAUAUAAAAGGAAAAAGAGAACGUGUUGUUACAGUCAUUAGCAAUGGGACAACUAUGGCUGGUCAGGUUUAUGAAGCAAUGAGCAAUGCUGGCUAUUUGGACUCAAAUAUGAUAGUAAUUUUAAAUGACAGCCGUCACUCUUUGCACCCAAAGAUUGAAGAGGGCCCUAAGACUUCAAUCACUGCUCUAUCUAGUACCCUAAGCAAGCUCCAGUCAAGUAAAUCAUUCAGAAGGUUUAGAGAAGUUGCAAAGGGUGUUACCAAGAGGAUUGGUAUGGGCAUGCAUGAAUUAGCAGCCAAAGUUGAUGAGUAUGCACGUGGUAUGAUCGGUCCUCCAGGUUCGACUCUUUUUGAGGAACUUGGUCUGUACUACAUAGGUCCUGUUGAUGGACACAGCAUUGAGGACCUAGUUUGUGUUCUACAAGAAGUGGCGUCUCUAGAUUCAAUGGGUCCUGUCUUGGUACAUGUAAUAACAGAAGAAAAUCGGGGACUAGAAGAUAAGGAAAGGAGUGAGUCAUUGGAGAACCUGCAGGAAGGUUCAUGUAAGUCUGAUUCUUCUCUUUACAGUAUUCACACUCGAACUUAUAGUGACUGCUUUGUUGAGGCUUUGUUUAUGGAGGCAGAGAAGGACAAAGAUAUCGUGAUUGUUCACGCAGGAAUGGAAAUGGAAACAGCUUUUCAACGAAUUCAAGAAAGAUUUCCUGACAGAUUUUUUGAUGUGGGGAUGGCUGAGCAGCAUGCAGUUACAUUUUCUGCUGGUUUAUCCUGUGGAGGUUUGAAGCCAUUUUGCAUUAUCCCUUCUGCCUUCCUACAGAGAGCAUAUGACCAGGUGAUCCAUGAUGUAGACCAGCAGAAGAUUCCAGUUCGUUUUGUAAUUCCUAGUGCAGGAUUGGUGGGGUCUGAUGGUCCCAUGCAGUGUGGGGCAUUCGAUAUAACAUUCAUGUCUUGCUUGCCAAACAUGAUUGUUAUGGCGCCAUCUGAUGAGGAUGAGCUUGUGGACAUGGUGGCUACUGCAGCCUGCAUUGAUGAUCGUCCAGUCUGCUUCCGUUAUCCAAGGGGUGCUAUUAUUGGGACAGACCAUUAUACACGCAGUGGAAUUCCAAUUGAGAUUGGAAAGGGAAAAGUUCUUAUAGAUGGUAAAGAUGUUGCUUUGCUUGGGUAUGGAGCCAUGGUUCAGAACUGCCUCAAAGCUCGUCAGCUUCUCUCAAAGCUUGGCAUUGAGGUAACUGUUGCCGAUGCAAGAUUCUGCAAGCCACUCGACCUGAAGCUUCUCAGACAGCUAUGUGAAAAUCAUGAAUUUCUAGUAACAGUUGAGGAAGGCUCAGUUGGAGGAUUUGGAUCCCAUGUCGGACAGUUCAUUACACUUGAUGGACAGCUUGAUGGCAGAACUAAGUGGCGACCUAUAGUUUUACCAGACAGAUACAUCGAACAUGCACUGCCGAAGGAACAGCUGACUCUUGCUGGGCUGACUGGACAUCACAUUGCUGCAACAGUACUAAGACUGCUUGGUCGUACCCGUGAAGCUCUCCUGUUAAUGUGUUAGACUAUGGAUAUUUUCUCUGCUAUUUUUUCAAGAAGAAUACAAGAUUGAACCAGCACUGAAGGAACAAGGACAAAUAGAAGCUCAAGUCAUUAGCAAUGUUUUUGGUAGCUUAUAUAUUAUCCUAGUUAGUUUGCAUGUUAUUAAUAUAACGUCAGGUUUGUAUGGCUGUAUAGAACUUUACAACAUUAAAGAGUUUAAUUAGGACUGAAGACUGAUGUUCUCUGUAUUUACCUUCAAAAAAUCCUAAUGUAAGGAAAUUUUAAUAAAGCCAGUUUACAACAGAA